UCGCUUAGCCGGAGGCUGCUGGCACCAAGAGAGUGGGUUUGAACAGCCACUCUUGGAAACAACUUGGGUGUUUAUUUCAGCCCCAGGUCCUGUCUUGCCUGACUCUGGAGGUGUCAGAAGGAAGUUGUAGCUGCCUGGGAAGAUAAGUCUGAAUGGAGGUCUGGGAGGGAAUCUCUGGUGAGGGGGCAGACAUCUGGCCAUAACUUCAGGGCUGGUUUGAAUGGGAACCUUCUGCCCUUCUGGGCAGAGAAAGGGGAGCAAAAUAUUCGUAUGUGCCUCGCCUGCCAUGCCCGCCUGCAUUCCAGGGGCAGCCCUGUCGGCUCUGUGCCUGGAGGGGCCGUCCAUGUGCAGGAUGUCAGGACCGCCAGCAUCCUCACCUCCCUCCCUCCUGCUCUGCCUGCAUCUCUUAACCUCUGACCCAUCUGUCAAAUGCCCUGUUCUGGUCCUCCCUACCUGUUCGGUUGUUGUGAGGAUUAGGAGAGCCAGUGUGGGGCGGGGGCGGGGAGGUGGGGAAAGGAGGUUAGUAAACAGCCUGUGGCUCCACAGACCCACGAAAGGCAGACCAGCCUCAGUCCCUCCUGGCCGGUCCCGGCUGCGUUAGGAUGCAGAACCCGGCGGAGGCACCGCUGUCAGUCACGCGGCUCCUCCCUCGCCUUCCCCGGGGGCGCCUCUGUCUCCCCUUCCGUCUUUCAACUUCCCUAGUUCAGUUCUCAAGUCAGGAUGGUCACAGGAGGUCUGGACUCACCACCACCACCCCCGUCCGCACUGGGGCCCCUUCUCUCCACGUAACUUUGACGCACGAACAUUAACCCUGAAGCUCCUGAAGGCAGUUGUCGGGGCUCUCUCACCGCUGCCCUGGCGGCACUGCAUGGCUGGCCAGCUGCUUGUUCUGGAAUCAGAUCAACCGAUGAAGAGGAAAAUCUCUGAGAAGGGUCACGGGAGUCAAGAGGGUUCCCUCUUGGCAUCCCCAGAAGCUUCAACUCUGGAGGCGAUGGGUCGAAAGGAAGAGGAUGACUGCAGUUCCUGGAAGAAACAGACCACCAACAUCCGGAAAACUUUCAUCUUCAUGGAAGUGCUGGGAUCAGGAGCUUUCUCAGAAGUUUUCCUGGUGAAGCAAAGGGUAACUGGGAAGCUGUUUGCCCUGAAGUGCAUCAAAAAGUCACCUGCCUUCCGGGACAGCAGCCUGGAGAAUGAGAUCGCUGUGCUGAGAAAGAUCAAGCACGAGAACAUUGUGACCUUGGAGGACAUCUAUGAGAGCGCCACUCACUACUACCUGGUCAUGCAGCUUGUUUCUGGUGGGGAGCUGUUUGACCGGAUUCUGGAACGGGGUGUCUACACAGAGAAGGAUGCCAGCCUGGUCAUCCAGCAGGUGUUGUCAGCUGUGAAAUACCUCCACGAGAACGGCAUCGUCCACAGAGACUUAAAGCCUGAAAACCUCCUGUACCUCACCCCCGAGGAGAAUUCUAAGAUCAUGAUCACAGACUUCGGUCUCUCCAAGAUGGAGCAGAGUGGUGUCAUGUCCACUGCCUGUGGGACCCCAGGCUACGUGGCUCCAGAAGUGCUGGCCCAGAAACCCUACAGCAAGGCUGUGGAUUGCUGGUCCAUCGGCGUCAUCACUUACAUAUUGCUGUGUGGGUAUCCCCCCUUCUACGAAGAAACUGAGUCUAAGCUGUUUGAGAAGAUCAAGGAAGGCUACUAUGAGUUUGAAUCUCCGUUCUGGGAUGACAUUUCUGAGUCAGCCAAGGAUUUUAUUUGCCACUUGCUGGAGAAGGACCCGAAUGAGCGGUACACCUGCGAGAAGGCCUUGAGGCACCCCUGGAUUAAUGGAAACACAGCCCUCCACCGGGACAUCUACCCAUCAGUCAGCCUCCAGAUCCAGAAGAACUUCGCCAAGAGCAAGUGGAGGCAAGCCUUCAACGCAGCGGCCGUGGUCCACCACAUGCGGAAGCUGCAUAUGAACCUGCAGAGCCCGGGGGUCCGGCCCGAGGCGGAGAACAGGCCGCCCGUCCCUGCAGCCUCGAGACCCACCUCCCCGGAGAUCACCAUCACUGAGACACCCGCCGCCCCGGGCCCGAGCGCGGCGGCCCCCGCACCGACCCGGCUGCCCUGCCGGCACGGCCCCCAGCCCGCGGCCCCCGGGGGCAGGUCCCUCAACUGCCUGGUCAAUGGCUCCCUCCGCAUCAGCAGCAGCUUGGUGCCCAUGCAGCAGGGGCCCCUGGCCGUCGGGCCCUGCGGCUGCUGCUCCAGCUGCACAAACGUCGGGACCAAAGCGAACGCCUCCUACUGCUCCGAGCCCACGCUCCUCAAAAAGGCCAACAAAAAACAGAGAGAUACUCAACUCUUCUUCACCCUUCCAGACCUGGAGUCUACCCUGCGGCAGGAGAGAGAGCGAGCAGACCAAGACCUGAUUGGACGCAGCAGCCGGCUGCUGCCCAGGCCAGAGCCUCCCCGAAGGCCAGGGAGCGAGCCCCAGCCGCAGUGGAGCUUCGGGAAGCUGCGGGCAGGAGGAGUGGCAUCCUCCCGGGCCUGCCUGCUCCGUGCCCCUAACCCCAACACAUCCGCCCCUGCUGGGGUGGCUCUGUGCAGGGUGCGUAGACAGCUCGUGCCCAGGUCUGUGUCGUCGUGAAAAGCUUAACGGGCUGGCCCAUCUGUGUUGCCAUCUCUGAGCAAAGCCAUAUGGAGCAGCUACCCUGCCUCCCCACUCAGCACACACUCGCUCCUGCCUCUCCUUGACAGAGGGGCCUGCCCGUCUGCAUGAGCGACAGGCAGCAUCGCAGUCUGCCUGUGAGCUCGCCGAGUUCACCUCCCAACUGCCUAACUCCCAGAUGAUCCACUUCUGAUCAGCCUACGCCUCCACCCCUGUCCAAAAGCAGUACUACACCCUCCAAGAUGAAACAGAAACCCACCACUAGGUACUGUAAGCACUUUUUAUCCUGGCCGGACACCCUACACACACACACACACACACACACACACACACUCAAUUAAGUAAAAAUUGGAAGUCGACUGUUGUCCUUUCAGCCUGUCAUUCAAAUUCUGCUUCUGCUCCUUUCUCUCCCUGAAAAUCAGGCUCAUUGUUCUUGUCCCGCCCCUGUUUUCUUGUCCUCCGCCCCCUCCGGCUUCCUGCUCUGUGUUGUGCUGAAUAAAAUGGACAUAUUUUUCUCUA